UCACAUCAAAUAUCCGCUGCCUCCCCCGCCAUCACUUUAAUCCUUGGGUGUCUCUAACAUUGUCUCUCCUCUGUCUCUUUGUUUCUGUUGAUUUGAGGUAGCUGCUGGUUGUUCUUCAGUGACACAGCUCGUGUGUGCAAUUUCUUGUUGAGGGUAGCUACAGUGGAUUAACAGAUGUUCUUGGAAAAGUGUGCCAGUGAGCUUGCAUCAUCUGUAGAACUCUAUCCUCAAAAUUUCUUAGGAGAGUGUGAGGUUGUUUUAAUUGCUACAGUUUAUGAAGUGCAAAUUUUUUCUUCCCUUAAUUUAGGCGCGCGUACGUUAUAAUGUGACAACCUCUCGAUUUCUCGCCGCUUUUUCAGGCUUAGAGAUUCAGUAAGAGACCUGAUAUUUAAGCAUGUAAUGACUCGGAAACGAGGUUGGGGGAAGCCUGAAGGAGUGGAUGGAUCUUCAUGUUUCAAGUGUUUUGACGCUGUUGACUAGACCAUGAGUUCUACGAGGGUCUACAUUGUUGGAAAGUACAGAAGACGAGAGCAACCUUGGAAAGAGUAUGAGAUUCGCCAAGACGACCCAGAUGUUAUUAUUGCUGCAAGGUCUUGUGCUGCUCGAAGUUGUGAAUGCACAGACAGGGUUCACAAGUCUCGUGUGUGGAGCUCCCUCAGAUUAUAUCUCUCAAAGUGACGGCAUCUCUUGGACAAGUGAUACUGCUUUCGCUCCGCCUAUCAGUAAAACAUUCAGCUUACCCAGUAAUUCAUCCCUCCGUACACUGCGGUCAUUCCCUCCUGAUGCUAGCAGACCUUCAGGAAGGAGCUGUUAUAGCAUUCUUGUUCCGUUUGGCCUCAGUCUUGUGCGAGCGACUUUUACCUACGGGAAUUAUGACACUCUCAAUAAGCCCCCAGUGUUUGGAGUGUCUAUUGGAGCAACUAUGUUUAGCACGAUAAAUUUCAAUACGCAAGACCCGUGGGUUGAGGAGAUGAUUUUGAAUGCAGCAGAGGUGCAGACCUUCUGUCUUAUUUCUAUGGAUGGAAUCCCUGUAAUUUCACUGCUCGAGUUUCGUCCACUUCCACCAGGAGCCUACAACCAUGCAAGUUCCUCCCUCGGGGUGGCGCUAAAGAAAAUAUACCGUAUUGACUGUGGGUCAGAAGCCAUGAAAAAUACGAGGUACCCAGACGACAACUACGACAGGAUUUGGAACUCUGAUCAAUACUACCUUGACGCAAGCACCUCGAGUACUCACUCAAUUACACACGACUUGAAUACUUCGGCAGUAGCUGAUGCAGCCCCUAUGACUGUACUGCAAUCAAAUCGAUUCAAUUUCCGCAAUCAGUCACUAUCUUACAGUCUACCCUUAGCCAAGCCGAACGGAAAGUACCUUAUGAACACAUAUUUUUCGGAGCUGCAUGGUGCAGUUGGUCCAACUUUCAAGCUUUCUGUAAACGAGGCAGUUCUAAUGACAGUAGGUGGAUUGCCCCCUCUGUCAGUCUCUGAGUUCACAGUGACGCAGGCCGCAAGUUGGUGGUGGAAUAUCUCCCUUCUUCCAGUGUCAGGGGCUCCACUAAUCAAUGCUCUUGAAAUUUAUGAAACCGUGCAGUUGCAGCACAUAUCUAAUAAAAAGGAUGCCAGGGCGCUUAACUUGAUAAAGCUUAGCUUUAACGCCCAGAAUAUACUGCUAGACUGGUCUCUUGGCAGUGAUCCAUGCUUCCCAGUUCCAUGGAGAGGGAUCUCUUGCGAUACGACAGGCAUAGUAACUUCUUUGGAUCUUUCGCGUUCCCAAUUAUCAGGUGAUGUUGCUGGCCUGUUUCAAGACUUUACAAGGCUUGAAUAUUUAAAUGUAAGUGGCAACAAUCUCUUUGGGCGAAUUCCAGACCUUAAAGGGCGUUUCCAAAGCUUAAAAGUGCUUGAUUUAAGCGAUAAUCAACUUACUGGUACCCUUGAUGGAUUUGCAACCUUGAAUCUUCACUACCUGAACAUUGCAAAUAAUCAGUUCUCGGGACCUAUACCAGAAAAAUUUGACCAGCCCGGCCUGGUAUUAAUCACGUUGGGGAAUCCCUGCAUCCAGUACGCCACAAAUCCCUGUCCAUCUGUGACAGACCACAAACCACAACCUGUUGGUAUAUCCGCUAGAAGAUCUGGACAUCACUCAAGGUCGCUGGUGGUAGGGGUCGUGUCUGGAACAUUGGCAGCCUUGCUGGUCAUUGCAGCUGCCGGGAUCAUUUGUUGUCACCGCUACAAACUACAACGAGAAUUAAUGGAUGCUUCCGAAGAAGCUGGAACGGUUAACAUUCUAGAAAAAGACCUAACACUAGACAUGGAUGCUAAGAGAUAUUCCUUUCAAGAACUUGAAAAUGCGACCAAUCAUUUUAAACAAACUUUAGGGGAAGGCAAUUUAGGUCCCGUUUUCAGAGGCAGAUUAUUAGAUGGAACGGACGUUGCCAUCAAAAUGCGGUCAGAUGGUUUACAACUCAAUGCUGAUUCAUUUCUGAAAGAGAUAUCGUUUCUGUCAAAGGUGCGCCAUCAGAAUCUGGUGCUUUUAAAGGGGUAUUGUCUAGAGUGCAAGAAACAGCUUCUUGUCUUCGAGUUCAUGUCUGGAGGUUCACUCAAGGAUCAUUUAUACGGUUCACUGUCAAAGGUCCAACCCAUGAGCUGGGAGCAAAGGCUCACUUCAGCGCUAGGCGCGGCGGCUGGACUAGAACAUCUGCACCGUGGAGGUGACUUAAAGACCAUACACAGAAACGUGAAGAGUUCGAAUAUCUUACUAGGACUCAAUUAUGUCUCGAAGGUCUCUGACUUCGGCCUUUCGAAGCCGGCUGUGCACGCUGAGAAGACGGAUAUUUCAACCUUCGUUAGAGGCACAGCAGGCUACCUUGAUCCUGAGUAUUUCAACACGUCGCAGCUUACUGACAAGAGCGAUGUAUUCAGUUUUGGAGUUGUCCUUAUGGAGAUCCUUUGUGGACGGGAACCUCUUUCCAGUGACUGCGCUCCUGAGGAAUACAACCUUGUCGCAUGGGUUCGACCAGCUCUAAUAAAUUCGAUUCCAAAAGGUGACACCUCAGUAGUGGAUAAAGCAUUGGGUAACCAAUUUAUACUGCAGAGCCUGACCGUUGUUGCCAACGUCGCUUUUCAAUGCACUGAGAAGGAGGGGGCUAAUAGGCCAACAAUGACCGAGGUGGUGAGGGAACUCAAACGGGCCUUAGAUAUUGAAUAUCUUCUCCCAAGCAACAAGUCUUCACCUCAACAAUGUGUUCGAUCUAUUCCGAAAAGCAUUAACAAACAGAAAUCUUGUCAUUUCGCGGAAAUAUACCCUUCCCUUUCUGAAAACAUACGUCCUAUCCACUAAUAGAAAUUGCUCCAUGAGGAGCUCCACUAUUAACUGCCUGGAAUAUGCUUGAAACUCUUGUCAAAUAUGAUUCAAUUGACGAAUUCUGUAAUUUUCUUGAGUUAAGAGAGGCAGUUGUGGAGUGCGAGAUACUCUACACUGGCCCAUUAUAGAAGUAAA